CCUCUCCUCAACCCAUCUCCCUCACCUCCACAGCGCAAACCCUCCGAAAGUCCCCAAUUCCAACCGGGAACAGAGAGCAUCAGGAAAAGAACUCCUUCCCCUACAAAAACAGAAGACGCCCUCUUUGGUAGAGGAACGCACUCUACCCAAUCGCCCAAAAUGAACGGCUUCGUAGUCUUCAUCAUAAUUCUCAUCAUCGUCGUCCCCCUCGGUUACGGAGGCUGGGUCUUCUAUUCGCGCAACCGCGCCGCGAAACUCGGUCUUCCACCACCGUCCCUCAACCCUUUCGCGCGCAAUACAUCGUCGGCGCAAUCGUCAAACUAUCCCGGCCCCGCCCCCGUCGGCAUCAAAGGUUGGUUCGACGCGCAGAUCUACAAGUUCAAAAACCGCAACAAUCGCACGGCAGCCGGAUCAUACGAGCCUUCCGCAGGAGGCGCGGGAGGCUACAGCGGCCGCGGCGCAGGGAGUCGGUUAGACCCCGACGAAGCGUGGGAUGCGCGCGUCGGUAACGAGGCGUACUACGAAGAACAGGAAUUGGGACUCCACGAACCGGCCGGUGGACGUGGAGGUCGCUCCCAGACCGCGAAUCCGUUCGAAAGCGAGCCAUUCGGCAACGAGCACCGCGAGAGAGGGAGGAGUCGCACCCGCGAGUAUGAUGAUGGGCAACAAUUCCAGCAGCAGCAGCAUAUGCAAAAUCCGUUUGGGGAUGACAAUGCCGCGAGUCUGAGAGGUGUCAGCCCGAGGCCGAUGGAUCAUGGCGUUGACACGAGUUAUGGGGGUGCUGCGAGCGCCGGUGGUGCCGCAGCACCGGUACAGCAGAAGAAGCCGAAGAAGGCGGGAAGUGUGGACAGCGAGAGUUUAAACGACACAAGAAGAAGUCUGUUCAGGGAGGAUAUCUGA